GUGACAGGGCAGACUGAGUCUUCCAAUCUGGACAUGGCUCCCGAUGCAUUUGAUGAUCAGUAUGAGGGCUGUGUCCAGGAAAUGGAGAAAAAAGCACCCCAAUUGUUAGAAUAAGGCUUCAACAUGAAUAAGGACUUAAAAGUUGAGUGGGAAAAGGCAGAGAAAAAAUGGAAGGAGAUAAAAAACAAAAUGACCUAUCUGAAAGGUUUCAGUGAUUAUCAUGGAACAGCUGUAGUGAUGUACACGGGAGGUAUCUACAAAAAGUUUAAUAAAGCUGUUAGAGAUUUCAAGAAAGAUCCCAGUAACUUUCCUUACAAGGCCUUCCAUUACUAUUUAACAAGAGCUCUUCAGCUUCUGAAUAACAACAAAUGUUACACAGUUUACCGAGGCACCAACAACAAAUUUCAUUACAGUGGAACAGGCUCUGUGCGGUUUGGACACUUUGCUUCCUCAUCCUUCGAUAAGAUGGUAGCUACUAAAUUUAGUGGUGCUAGUGGGACACUGUUUACCAUCAAAACCUGCUUGGGGGUUAACAUAACUGGCUUUUCCUACAAACCUGAACAAAAGGUGUUAAUUCCAGGCUACGAAGUGUUUAAAGCACACAAAAGCCCAGGAAGUGAAAAAACAAUGGACAAUAUUUCUCUGACCUCCCCGAAAAGAGGGAAAAGCAACUUCAAUUGCUUCUACAGCUCAGGAACCAGAGACAGCCCUGCAUUCCUGCUGCUUGUGGUGUUACCUGGCCUCUUGGUUCAACUGCUUCCUCUUGCUGAGCUGUAG